AUGUCCUUAUCCGAAUUAGCUAAAAUUGCUCCUAACGUCGAUUGGGGACUUUAUGUCAACCAUCUUUCUCCUACCAAUGCCCCACAUCCCGGUAAAAUCGUGGUGACUUCCCCAACCUAUAUCGAACGUGUCUCUUCCGAUUUGCUCUCGCAAAAUGCACGUACAUUACAAGCUUAUUUCCUCUGGCAAACCAUUUAUACUUACUCGGAUGCACUUGGACAAGACAUCCGUAGUCCCAUUCAUCGUUUGAAAUCCAAGCUGAUUGGAACCAACCCUAAAUCGGUGAAACCUCGUUGGGACACCUGUCUUGACGAAGUGAAUGCCUCCAUUGGAUUUUUGGCGGGUCGUUACUAUGUGUUGCAAGCUUUUGGUGGCGACGCUGCUAAAAGAGACGCUGAUGAGUUUGUAAAGUCUAUCAAGGGAGUGUUUGUGGAUCGUUUACCUGAAUUAUCCUGGUUAGAUGAACCCACACGUGAAAAGGCGUUGGAAAAAGUGGAUUUGUUGAUCCGUAAAGUAGGGUACCCAGAUACGUCACCCAAUGUCAUGUCGCCAGUCUCUUUAUCCGGUUACUAUGGCGAUUUGAGCUUGGACAAGGAGGAUUAUUUUGGUAAUUUUUUGAAUGCUCGUCAAUUUGGUAUUGCACAGGAAUGGCAACAGGUAGGCAAGACCCCCGAUCGUUCGAAAUGGCUCAUGAACCCUCAAGAAGUCAAUGCGUAUUUCAAUCCUUCCUUCAAUGAGAUUGUGUUCCCCGCCGGUAUCUUGCAAAACCCCUUUUUUGGCAAUAAUUACCCCGAAUACCUGAACUAUGGCGGUAUCGGUGUUGUUGUGGGACAUGAAUUAACUCACGGUUUUGAUAAUCAGGGUCGUCAUUUCGAUGGACAAGGUCGUCUGAUUGGUUGGUGGACAAAUGAAACAGCUGUCCAAUUUGACGAGAAGGCGAGUUGUUUUGUUAAUCAAUAUAGUAAUUUCACCAUGGUGGAUGAAAAGGGUCAACCUAUUCAUGUGAAUGGUAAAUAUACUUUGGGUGAGAAUCUAGCAGAUAAUGGUGGACUUGGGCAAUCGUUCAAUGCUUGGAAACAACGUUAUGACAGUGACAGGGAGAGCAAAGUCUACAAUAAUGUGCGUUUACCUGGUUUGGAUCGUCUUUCUCCUGAACAGUUGUUCUUUGUCAAUUUUGGUCGUAUUUGGUGUAAUAAGGUCACACCUGCUCAAGCUAAGAAGGGCGUGCUUACGGACGAACAUGCUCCUGCUAAAUGGCGUGUCAAUGGCGCUGUUCAAAACUCGGAUAUCUUUGCCAAGGUCUUCCAAUGUCCUUCUGGUUCUCCCAUGAAUCCCAAAGCUAAAUGUGAGCUUUGGUAA